GAUAUCUAUGGUUUCAGUACCAGCUCACUGCUCGUCUCAAUAGACGAUCUCUAGCUGUCCAUUGGUCGGCUGUGGUCACGUGACGGAUAUGUUUACAUCCGAGUUCGUGUAGUUUCACAUCCGGACAUGCGCAGUGGGAGUCAGCUGACAGCAACACCUCCACUCAGAGAGCCGAGCGGAGGAAGAAGAAGAAGAACCGUCCGAGCAGCGGAGCAGCGGAGCGCCGUUACCCGCCGACACCCCCCCGACACCCGGCCACGUCCUCCCCGCCUCCCGCAGCAUGAGUGUCGGCGCUCCGAGAGGCCUGGCCAGCUCGGGGCAGAAGCCCAUCACGGAGAUCCUCCACCCGCUGUCCGCCGCCGAGGAGCCGCUCUCCGGCUCCGGCAGCGGCGGAGGGGACACCGGGGACAAGCAGGAAGCGGGGCUGACCAAUGGGACGCCGGUAGAGACGUCGAGUCCCGCCUCCACGUCCUCGCUGUUCAACAGGCUGCAGCUGGACGACGACCUGGACACCGACGUCCCAGACCUGUAUGCUGAAACACGGGACCUGUUCGUCACCGUCGACGACCCGAAGAAGCACGUUUCAACCAUGGAGACCUACAUCACCUACAGGGUCUCCACCAAGACAACACGGGUAGAGUUUGACCUGCCGGAGUACUCCGUGCGGCGGCGUUACCAGGACUUUGACUGGCUGAGAAUCAAGCUGGAGGACAGCCAGCCGACCCACCUCAUUCCUCCCUUGCCAGAGAAGUUUGUGAUGAAGGGCGUGGUGGAUCGUUUCUCGGAGGAGUUUGUGGAGACGAGGAUGAAAGCUCUGGACAAGUUCCUGAAGAGAGUCGCCGACCACCCGGUCCUCUCCUUCAACCCUCACCUCAACGCUUUCCUCACCGCCAAGGACCUGAACAAGCGCCAGGGUCUGGCUCUGCUCACCAAGGUGGGCGAGUCGGUGAAGCACGUGGCCGGGGGCUACAAGCUGCGAGGGCGGCCGGCCGAGUUCUGCGCCAUGGGAGAAUACCUGGACACCUUCAACCAGAAACUGGGAACCAUCGACCGCAUCGCCCAGAGGAUCCUCAAGGAGCAGUCAGAGUACCUGACGGAGCUGCGUGAGUACGGCACCGUGUACAACAGCUGGGUGGCGUCGGAGGAGGAGCUGCGGCGCCCCCUGGAGGGCGUGGCCGGCUCCGUCAACACGUGCUGCGGAGCCAUGGAGGACCUGAGUGACAACAUGAGCCAGGACUUCCUGCCGGUCCUCAGAGAGUACGUCCUCUACAUCGAGUCCAUGAAGAACGUUUUGAGGAAGCGGGACCAGAGCCAGGCGGAGUACGAGGGCCGACUAGAAGCAGCCAUAUUACGCAAACAGGAGGACAGAACGCCAAUGCCGGUGGAGGUGGAGAAAUGCCAGGACAAGGUGGAGUGUUUCAACGCCGACCUGAAGGCCGACUGGGAGCGCUGGCAGAGCAACAAGAGGCAAGACUUCAAACAGCUUCUCACCGGCAUCGCCGACAAAAACAUCAACUACUACGAAAAGUGCCAGGCAGCGUGGGAGUCCCUCAUAACUGUCCUCCAGGACAAACAGACUGAGGACAAAACGAGCGAGACGAACUGAACCCUCUCCUCGUGUCUGUGUAACUCACUGUCUCAUGCCAAGGAAAAGGACCAACCGGGCAGCAGAUGUUGUGUUCUGCUGGACUUUGUCCCGUUUCUCCUGCCAGAUGAUUGUACGGAGGUCUGACCUGCGAAGGAGGUAACAAACGGUGCAUUCAAGGACAGCUGGGAAACAGGAGACACCUACUAUGUACAGAUAUUUUUCCUUUGUGUUUUUUUGUUGUUGUUCUUAUUGACUUUUUCUACUUCAUAUUUCCAAUUAACAGUCGGUUGCCAAUGCUAUUUGUUGUUUAUUUAACCGCAGAGUUUUUUUGUCUGUUUCCAUGUUCACAUUGAGACAAAUGUGAAAGUCUCCAGAUUUGCAGAAAAAAGAUGCUUUUUUUGCAUUAAUAUGAAGUAUUUACAGCAUCCCCAAAGGUUUUUUUUCCCUGUCAGGUUGUGAAAACCACUGAAAUAUAACCCUGAAACAAGACUCGUGAUAUUCUCUUUCAUCUCUUAAAAAAAUCAUAUCGGCCGUAAAUUUAAAUCCAACAUUAUGUUUCAUUUAAAGGACCAUAUCUGCUGCUUUUUUUUUUUUGACCCCGAAUCAUUUUCAACAUACCAUUAAUAAAGGUUAACUUUCAUAAAAUUGCUUGAAAUUUUCAGCAUAUGUGCCCCUCUGUAUCCUUUAUAGAUCAUAUAAAUUUCAACUUUCUUCAUACAUUUUUACAUGUUUUAUUAAUUUUUAUAGCACCCAUGGUCCUCAGGGGUCAAAAAAGACCCCAUCAUCUACAUCAGACUGGUUUUAGGACAUGUGGGAAAAAAAUAUUACCAACUUUUUUUUUUUUCACCUUUAAGGCAACUCGUGACCAACACAUUGAUAUAUAAUUUUCAUAUUUUUUUCUUUAUUAUUGGUCAAUUUUAGUCAAAUAUACAAAAUUAGGCCCCAUUUCAAGAGGGAAAAAAAGUAAUAAAACCUGAAUAUUUUUUUCAAUAGUUAUAGUGAAAUAAUAAUUUCUUGAUGGGAAUGCACAGAGUAGGUUAUGUCAACUUUUAAUGAAACUUAUGUUUUAAAAACAUUUUCAGCAAAAAUAAAGUUAAAAAAAAAUCACACCUGUGGUCAAAAAGGACCCCAUGACAUCAGACUGGUUUUAGGACAUGUAGGAAAAAAAUGAUUAACAACUUUUUUUUCCACCUUUUAAGGCAAAUCAUGACCAACAAAUUGAUAUUUAAUUUUCAUGUAUUUUUCAUUAUUAUUAUUAUGCAUGCACGCAUAGUCAAACUUGAAAAUUAGGUCCUAAUUUUGUGUAUUUGACUAAAAUUGACCAAUAAUAAUUGGUCUUGAAGUAUAACUUGAAGUAGAAGUACAACAGCUGUGCUUGUUCAAAAAGUGGGAAAGGAAAAGAUAAAAAAAUACAUUUAUUUCAAAGAUAUAUGAUGGAAACACUCAGCCGCACAUGAAAUAACAUAGAAAAUGGUAGUUGUAGUGACACAAAAAGGGAUUUUAUUAAAAAAUGAAUAAAGGAAAACAUAAAAUUAGGAUGUAUGAUGAUCAAAAACAAACUAAUUGAGGAAAACCUGGAAUACUGAAUGAUGAAAAUAAUUUAUUGCAAAGAUAUAGAACAUAAAAACUCAUACAAAACGGGUCACUUUAGACCAUGUUGUGCAUAAAAGAUAACACGUGUGUCUUUAGUUGAUCUUUUUUAGGGAAAUUAUUUUGUUGGUCGUGUGUUAUUAAGCACAGACAGCAGAUUUGAUCAGUGCAGCAGCACCACCUGGUGGUUAACAUGAGAAUAGUUUUUUUAUUUUUAAACUGGAGGCUCCUUCUGUUAGUUUGUGCAUUUAUUUAUUUGUUUGUUUGCUUUGCUUUUGCCGCGGCCGUUUCCACUGUAUUCUGAUUAUAAAUGAGAAACUUUCUCAAAAUGAUGGUUUAGUAUCUCACAAUAAUGAGAAACUUUUAAAAAAUAGUUAGUAUCUCACAGAAGCAUCAUGCAUUCACCCGGUUUUUCUGAAUUAAUGCGAUAAUUAUCUCAAGAUUCUGAUAAAAAAAAAAAAAUUCCAUAAUAAAAAAAUCACUUAUCUAUAAACACAGGAUAUGACUGUCAUUAACUUGCAUUGUAGUGAAAUCCGUGUCAGUUUCACGGAAAUUUGAGUGAUUCCGUGGCUAUUCCACGGAUUUUGAGUUAAGCAAAUCCGUGGCUAUUUCACGGAUUCCUGUGAGACCAUGUUGCCCCAGAGGCCCCAAGAUACGAUUUUAUCCCGAUACUUGAAUCACAAUACGAUAUUAUUGCAAUUUUACGCAUUUUUACGAGUAUUGCGAUACAAUAUAUUGCGAUUGAACUGUUUAACUGCAUUAUUUGUCCACAAAAUUAAAUUGUUUUGUCAAAUCAGAGAAAAUUCUCAGUGUAUUCAUCUCACUUCAGUCUUUUUAUUUCUCCACAAUGAGAGUCAAACCUCAGACUGACCAACAAAGUAUUCAGUCAAACUGAACUGAACUGAUAUCAAACAUGUUGGAUGACAACAACUGCAGCAUUUUAUCAAACGCUCAAAAACAACAAGCUUCACUGAUCUGCAUAGCUUUGCAGCGUUAUUUCAACAACUUCCCGACACGAUAACAUGAUACCUAUAGAUUCGUUAGAUCGUCUAGUUUCAUAUGAUACCAUUAAAUCCAAUAUAUUCCUAAAAGUGAGCCCACUACGGCCUCCGAGGGAAAGAAAAAACGGCCAAAAUACUGAAGGCCACCGGAACGCUAAAUAUCAAUACUUGGCGGCCAUGAAUCGAUAUAAUAUUUCCAUUCAAAAUAUCGCAAUACUAUGCUGUAUCGAUUUUCCCCCCAUCUCUAAAUGAUACGAUUUUAUCCUGAUACUUGAAUCACAAUACGAUAUUGCGAUACAACUGUUUAACUGCAUUUUGUGUCCACAAAAUUAAAUUGUAGUAAUUUUGACAUUUUUUCUGAUAAUUUUGACUUUUUUCUGAUUAUUUUGACUUUUUUCUUGUAAUUUUGACUUUAUUUUUGGUAAUUUUGACUUUAUUUCUGGUAAUUUUGACUUUUUUUCUUGUAAUUUUGACUUUUUUCUCGUAAUUUUGACUUUAUUUCUGGUAAUUUUGACUUUAUUUCAUGAAUCAAUAUAAUAUUCCCAUUCAAAAUAUCGCAAUACUAUGCUGUAUCGAUUUUCCCCCAUCUCUAAUUGAUAUCCAUCCAUCCAUUUUCCUCCGCUUAUCCGGGGCCGGGUCGCGGGGGCAGCAAGCUUUGUUUAUUUUUAGUGGACUACGAAACAGUUAUUCUUUCCAACAAAUGUUCAUAAUUUCUCUUUGAUAAUGAGUGCUUUGGCGUAAUUGCAUUUAUUUCCGAAAUAAGGUGCUGAUUUGACUUUUUCAGGCUCUUGUGUUUUGUUUAUUUUGUUUGUUUUAAUGAGCGGACCUUUAACUGUUUUUACCGACUGUAAAACAGCAACGAGAUGAAGUAACUGCUGCUUGUAAGCUGGUUUUAGUACGUUGUCAGUUCUCUUUCUAUUCAUCCUUCAUGUUUUAUUCUCCAGCUUUAAAAGCACAAAGCAGCUGAUGUUUUUUUCUUACGGUUAGAAAUCCAGAGAGGUAGAAACACGGUUUUCAUUCAGGCAUUUUUAAGGCAGCCAGUAAGUUAGAGAGAAGCUUUCUGACAGUAAAACAGAUGCACUGAUGAUAAAUUAAAAUGAAUAAAAAAUUAAAAUCUGUCUCUCCACUGUCAAUAAAGUCUUGAAAAUCGCCCAAAAAUAUCUUUAAAACAAACUAUGAAUAGCCAGAAUUGAUCAGAAAUCAAAAGAAAACUUCUUCUUCAAUAGUUCCACUAUAAUUUAAGCUUCUACUUAUUGUUUUUUGUUUGUUUUUUUACAUUUUCCAUCCUUUUAUAUGUUAAUUGUCCAAACAGUUGCUCACCCCGACACUCAAAAUGUGUUUUUCCUACAUUUAUAAUGUUUUUUCACAUUUGUCCGUCUCUACAAUCUGAGAUUCAAAUUCAAAAUUCAGAUCCAGAAAUUAUUUGAGGGAGAAAGAGUCGAUGUGCUUCCAGCCCCUUUUUCAGAGUUUUUUCUUAACUUUUUAUGUGGGAAACUCAUAUGAAAGAAGAUCUUUACUCACAGCAGAGUAUUUUUUACAUCUUUUGAAAAUGGUUCGUCCCUACUAGCAA